AUGCCAUUCUGGGGUAGCUGCCUGUGUGGCACUGUGAGGUUCAGCUCGGAUGCGACUGGAGAUAUCACGGCUCUCUGCCAUUGUGUCGAUUGCCAGAAGUGGACUGGUGGUGCAUUUACUUCAAACGUCGUUAUUCCUCGAGUCUCGUUCAAGGUGACGGCAGGUAAAGCGACGUACUACGACACUCCCGGAGAGAGUGGGAAGAACAACCGUCACUUCUUUUGUUCAACGUGCGGGUCCAGUCUCUACACCGAGUUGGAUAUUAUGCCAGAUAAGACCGUAAUCAAAGCAGGCACUCUGGACAAAGGAGGAGCCAACUUGGGUAACAAGGUCGAUAUUGAGUUCUACACCAAGGACCGUGUAUCUUAUCUGACCCCUGUCGAUGCUGCAAAGCAGGAACCUGCUUUCGGCAAUUAG